AUGUCCACGUCCGAGGUGGACGUCUGCGCCCAACACGUCACAGCCCUAGAUAUCACGGCUGGACAGCGGCAUCCGGACUACUCGACUCCCAACGUCCUUGAGGACGAUGCCCGUUCUGUCUGCCAAGACAAUUUGCAUCAUCAUUUGGCACCGAAGUCGUACAAGGGCAUUCUACCUCCUGACAGCGUCUGGGGUGGAAAGAAUGCGGAUGGUGAAUGGGCGGGCCAGAUUGGGAUGGUCGUACGAAAUGAGUCGGACCUGGCCCUUGGGCCGGUGACUCCUACGGAGCAGACUUUCUCGGUAGCAGGGCCCCUCCCGUACUACUUCGACACCGAGGCCGGACACGCGGCGGGAAGACUCUCGAGCCACGCCACCAAUGUCUUCGGAUACAUCGGUGGCUUCGACGCACAGAUCUGGAUGACAAUCGCCAGUGUCCUGCUCUGCCUCAGCACGCUCCUGGCCCUCUACUCAAGUCUCACGGGGCUUCGGACGUUUCUGGACCACUUUUACGAUUAUCUAUUCGAGAUGCUGGGGAACCUUCUUCUGGAAGCUUCUCCGAAUCCUGCCUCUGACCCCCACGUCCGCAUCGUCGUGUCCUUCUGGUGGCUGAUGCUGCUCGUGCUCAUGAACACCUUCACGGGGCACAUGAAGGCCAGCAUGACGGUGGACGAGGAGCUGCCCAGGCUGGACACGCUGCAGAGCGUCUUGGACCGCAAGGACAUCGUUCCGGUCAUCAUGGGGGGCACCACUUUCCAGGAGAUAUUUCAGAUAACCAUAUUCACACGUUGGAGGCUCACGUUGCCGAAUUCGGCGCAGAAAGCUGCUCGUAAAAGCCACUUCGAUUCGUAG